AUGAUUUGCAAAAGAACCAUUCUAGGCGGCCUCGUGGUUCUGUCUGCCGUUGCUCGCGCACAGCAAGAUGAUUAUCCAUUUGCGAGCAGCAUCUUUGAUCGUGUGAACCCGCCAUUCACAUUCACAGAAUGCGCUGCACCUUCGGAGAUGCAAACAUGCUGGGAAUCGCAAAAUUACGACAAUGAAUAUCUGAACCCUCUCUGCAGCGGUUUGCAGAACAGGGUUCAGUGUGCUCUUACAAACUGCUGGAACAGGGUCUACUCUUGCGAUUACCAACAGUUGAUGGUCGCUUAUAACACCUCAUGCUCCGACGAGGCAACUCUGUCUCUGCCUUUCUUCCCUCCACCUGCCGAUGCCGCUGAAGUAUGCAGCUGCAAUCUCAACAAUGUGGUCAACACUUUCGAAAAAGCCUCUUCCGGUUGGCCUCGCUGCGUGCAGAAAGUUCAGGACGAAAAUGGCAUAACAGAUGAUGAUGAUUCGGGAGAGGACUUUCCAACUCCCGGCUGCGACUGCUGCUACUAUGGCGUUGUAGCUGCUGCGAUGUAUGAUACUUGUCCCGAUCAGAAUCCCGGACCCAUCGCUCUUGACCUCGUCAGACAAAUCUACAUCGAGCAGAACCCCACAGGCAACAAUAGCUUGGAGCAAUGUGCUUCUCGCCUCGCAAGUGGAAAUUUCAGCUGCACUGAUUAUGGCUUUAACCUUUAUGGUGACAAUGCUACCGACUACGCAAAACCUACCCCGAUACACUCGGCCACUGGCAAUUACAGCGAUAUCAAUGGUGUUCUCAAGACCCCUGUUAGUGGCGCUACAUAUACCUUUACUGGGUGGAAUACUACCUACACGAUCACUGCUGCUUCUGUCGAGGCAGUGGCUACUAGGUCUGCUAGUGCUACAAAGGUGUCUGGUAGUAUUACUGGCAGUGUCACGGGUACUGCAAUCGGUGGUCCUUCCACCGGUGCUGCUGCCCCAACCAUGAGUGCAGCUGCUCUUAUCGGACUGUCCGGUCUGGCUUUCGCUCUCCUGUAG